UGGCAAUGGUAGCAUCAAUACUAGUGGUGAAUAAAUUAUGAAAGAAACAUAUCAACAAAAGAAACAACAAACAAACAAACACGUUGAUUUCAUGAUUCAUUUUUCAUAAUCUAAAGUCCUCAUUUCAAAACCAAACUUGGUGUAUUCCAUACUCAAUUAAUUCACAUCACAAUUUAUCCGACUCGAGAUAUUAGUCUCUAGCACGGACGCAGUCUCUGUGCAGUUACACGAAGAGAUAUCUGAUUCACACGAAAAAAGCUCUAAUCUCCUGUUUCUCCUCCCACUAUCACCUACCGUGUUCCCUUUCUCCUUCAUCACCAUCUUCAACCACUCCAAUUUCAUUUUUCUUCAUCAUACUUACUGUCACUCCAAUUUUCAGAUCUGAUUCUUUCACUUAUUCAAUUUUCUCCAAUUUUGGUUAUUCUUCACCAAUUCUUAUGAUUGAGUUUUUUUUUUUUUUUUUUUAAUUUUGUGAGAUUAUUGAAUUUUGAUUUUGAUUAUUGAAUUUGAUCUGAAUUGUUGUUGUUAAAGUGAAAUUGAAUCGGUAUGCACCCUAGGCAACGUAGUCCAAGAGGGUUUUACACCUCGGAAUAUCGCCAUCGCGGUGGUGGUGGUGGUGAUGGUUUUGGAAGAGGUUAUAAUAAUAACCGGAGAGCUCCUGCUCCUGCUUUUGUUGCUGCUGGUAAUGUCGGCGUCGUUGGAAGUGAUAUUUUUGUGGAGGCAGGUAGAUUAGCUGCUGAGUAUUUAGUUUCUCAGGGUUUGUUGCCACCAAGUGUUUUGUCUUUGAAAUUGUAUAAUAAUCAAAAUGGUAGCUUUAAGAAACAUCUUGGUGUUGUUGGUGGUGUUGGUAUUGGUGUUGGUGGUGUUGGUGUUGGUGUUGGUGGUGUGGGGGAAAUUGGGGUGGAUGGGGGGAGGACAUCCGCUCUUGCGCGAUUGGGGAAUAAUGCGCUGGGACCAGUUGUGGAUGAAGGGUUGUCUGGGAGGAGGAAUAUAGGGUUUGAAGAAUUUGGACAAAAGGGAGGUGGUAGGAGGAGAGGGAGUUUUAAUAGUAAUGGAUUUGAUUGGGGUAAUAGAGAGUAUAGAAGGAAUGGAUCAUGGUCUGAUAGGUUUGGAGGUGGUUCUUCGGAUAUUAAGGAUGAUGGUUAUGAUGAUGAUGUUGAUGGUGGUAUUGGUAGUGGUAGUGGUGUUCGACUUCAAGAUGAAGAGGAGCAUCGACAACAACAACAACAGGAGGAGGUUGAGGUUGUUGUUGGUGGCGGUAGUGGUGGUGGUGGUGAUAAUGUCACGCAGAAAUCGGAUAUGAAUGAGUUUGUGCCGACAAAUGAGGAUGGUAAUGAUUUGGAAGGUGCCAAUAAGAAUCAGGGGUCGGAUGGUGAAUUGUUGGAAUUGAAACAAAGUUCUUCUGGUGAAGUAAAAGAUGCAUGCAAUAUGGGUGUUGAGUUUGUUGGGAUUUCCAAUAAUUUAGAGACUAUGAGUGGUGGUGAAGUUAAGGAGGCGGUGAAGGAUGGAACUGGUAGUGGUGAUGAUAGUGAUAAACCGAGUAUCUCGAAGAAUUCGUCUGCUGAGUCAAGUGAUCAGGAGAAUCAUAGCUCUGGCAUGGUUUUUACUGAUUUACUGUCACUAUGCAACUCUGUUAAGGUGCCUACCAAGACACGCUCUUCGCUGACAAACAAGAAUUCGAGGGCUCUUCCACAUGCGAACAACGGAGAAGGGGAUGCUCAUGAUAUUGAGGAUCUUCAAGGACCUGAAGUGUUGGCUGAGAAUGUGUCUAUUCAAGGCUCAUCCUCGGGUGAUAUGCUAUCUGACAAGGCUUAUGAUAUAGUGCAUAUUGACUCGGACACUGCCGAGGUAGAACCGGUAGAACCUGUCCAUUCUGAUGAGGAUAUGAAAGAAUUGGAUACUGCUUGUGAAACUGAGGAAGAUCAAUCUGUUGGGCCUCAAUCUGGUCAAGAUACAGCUUAUAUGGAUGAUAAAGGACAAGAGUCGACUGCAGAAUUACCGGAGUUUGGAGGUUGCAGUUCCCUGUCUGAGGAAAGGGGUGAGAAACGUGUCUUGGAAGAAGGCGGUGAUGUCAAGGAGGGCACAAAAAGACUGCGAGAGUGGGUGCCUGUGCCCUCCCCUAUACCGAAGAACGAAUCGUACUUUCUGCAUAACACACCAAUUGAGGUGAAAGAUAGCCCAGAGGAACAGGAAAUUUCAAUUUCACAUGUUAAUAAAGUGAGUAUUGCUUCUGAUCAGGGGAAUCUUAUGAGUAGUUCUCAGUUCACAGAUGAGGGAGAUAGACCGUUUUUCCAAUGUUCAGAGGAGAAGCCACUGUUGCCGAGUUCGUUUAGAACUUGUGAUCUGAAUCUCAUUGAAGCAUCUGAAGUUCAUGACAAUCAUGUUGAUCAUCCAGUUCUUAUUUACUCCACUCCUGUCCCUGAAAUAAAGGAAGCUGUACCGGCCGAUAUUGAACUGUCCAAAAAUCACACUAGUGUAUCAGGCAAAUUCAGUACUCAUACAUCAAAUGGCAAAGAGAUUGAAGUAAUUGAUCUGGACAGUGAUUCCAUUCAAGAAGAAAAGACUAUCGACAGUAUAGAUAGAAAGACAGACACUAUGUUUACAGGCCUUGAAGGUUUUUCCAGCCAUGCUCCAAAUGAUGUUCAGGAUGGAGAUCGAGAUAGGCUGAUGAUAUCUGAGUUGCUUGAUACAGAUUUCACAGACUGCUUUUCCGUACCUGACGACAUAAAUACUGUGCAUGAUGAAAUAGGCCUUCAUAAUGGAACGGGGACACUUGCUGAGGAUGAUUCCAUAUAUAUGUCACUGGGAGAAUUAAGCUUUUUGCGCCCGUGGGAGCAGCCACCAUCACAGGAUUAUCAGAAGUUUUGAUCCAUUCUCACUCAAAUCGACUCAGGAGACAUGGAUCACUCAAAUCUAUGCAGGAGACAUUAUGCAGUGGUAUGCAUCAUAGCCGUACUGGUUAACAGUCCUCUGAUAAAUAGUUACUAGGUUUCAACAAAAGUGAAAACGCUGCUUUGGAUAUUCUCUCUCCCUCCCUCCAUUUUUAUAAAUAGUCUCCUGUUUGGAGUUUGGACUUACAUAGAUUAUGUUCUAUAAUCUCUUUCUAAUGCCUCUGCAUCACAAUAUGGCAUUUAGAUUGUUUUAAAAGUUAGAGAUGCAAAAUUGUAAAAAAGAAGAAGCAAAUUGUAACUUCACUUAUGUAUUGGCCAUCUGUAGGAAAUAUUUGAUAAAAUGGCUUUAAAUCACGUUUUAGUUGAGGUAUUAUUGAGGCCACUAUAGUCCUGUGUUGUGCCUAUGAGUUUUAAUUGUGAACCCAAUUUUAUAUGCAUACUUACCUCAGUAGUUUGUCAUAA